CUGCAACGCACAAGCUUUGAGACAGCGCAAUUCAGAAUCAUCACAAGAUCAGAAAAGAAACCGCAAAAAUGGAACAGUCGUAUUCUGUGCAGAGUCCCUCGGAUCAAUCGGUUCAACCGCACGUUAUCCAGUUCCUCCAGGCCUUUUAUGCCGUUUCCGACACUCCCGGGGAGACGGACAAGUAUGUAGACAUGUUUGCCAAGGACGCGACGUUUGUACUCGCAUCAAAGAAGGCGUCAGGUCACGCUGAAAUCACUACUUUGAGACAAGGAAUGUGGGAGGCUGUUGCGUCGCGGAAGCACACUCUCAGCAAGGUGUACCCGUUUGGCGCUGGUUCAGACGAGGUCAUGCUCCAUGGUUCAGUGGCUUUGCAACUGAAGAAUGGCGGCUCGGCAGAGAUUGAGUGGGCUGGGAGGGCCGAGCUGGAGAAGACGGCUGCUGACGGGAAGUAUCGGCUCAAGUUUUACCAGGUGUAUUUGGAUACUGGAGCUGCCGCAGCAUACAAGAAAUAGACUUAAUAGAAUACUGUUCAACGAUGA